AUGUACAGUGGUGAUGAUGUAUCAGCAAUCGUUAUUGAUGUUGGAACCUUUUCAACAAAAGGUGGUUAUGCUGGUGAAGAUUCACCAAAAGCAGUAUUUCCAACUGAUAUAGGUGUUGUAUAUAAAAACGAGAAUGAAACAGUUGGAACAGGUGAUUCUGAAAUGGGUGAAAAAGAUGAUUCAGAACCAAAGAGAACUUAUUAUUGUGGUACAAAUGGUAUCACUUAUAGAAGACCACAUAUGGAGAUCAUUAAUCCUUUAUCCGAUGGUUUAAUUAAAAAUUGGGAUGCGAUGGAACAAAUUUGGAAUCAUACUUUCUAUGAAAGAUUACAUAUCAACCCAAUUGAACAUCCAAUAUUAUUAGCAGAACCAACAUAUAAUACAAGAGCAAUUAGAGAGAAAGUAACAGAGAUUAUGUUUGAAAAAUAUCAUGCACCAGCAUUAUUCAUUGCAAAGAAUGCUGUUUUAUCUUCAUUUGCAAGUUCAAAAGCAUCUUCAUUAGUAUUAGAUUCUGGUGGUGGUAUGACUUCUGUCACACCUGUAUUUGAAGGUUUUGUUGUUAAAAAUGGUAUUGUAAAAUCAAAUUUAGCAGGUAAUAGAUUAACAGAAGAAUAUUAUAGAAUUUUAUCUAGUAAAAAUAUUACAGUCAAUCCAAUUAAUUUAAUUAAAAAAGUAGAGAUUAAAACUGGUGAAUUUGGUAUUACACCAUACAAUAUACCAACACUCACUGAAUCUUAUAAAAGAUAUGUUACAUUAGAAACUAUUAGAGAUUUAAAAGAAACUUCUUGUAGAGUUUCUGAUACAAAGGAUUUAGGUGAAGAUAUAAAUAUAGCACAAGUACCAUAUGAAUUGCCAGAUGGUAAUUUAUUAGAGAUUGGUUCAGAUAGAUUUCAAAUUCCUGAAUUAUUAUUUAAUCCAACACCAUUGAAUGAACAAAUUUUAAAUAACAAUAAUAAUAAUAGCAAUGGUGAGAAUACAACAACAUCAUCAGUUGUUCAACAACCACAAUAUCAAGGAUUAGGAAGAAUGAUUAUAGAAUCAUUAGAGAAAAGUGAUACAGAUAUUCGUAAAGAAUUAAUAAGUAAUUUAAUUAUAACUGGUGGUAAUACAUUAUUUGCAGGUUUCCAAGAAAGAUUAGUUAGAGACAUUUCUGAAAUCUCUUAUAAUAAACCAAAAAUCGUUGCAAAUCAAACUGAAAAAAAGAAUUCAGUUUGGAUUGGUGGUUCUGUUCUUGGUUCAUUAGGUACUUUUCAACAAAUGUGGAUGUCAAAAUCUGAAUGGGAAGAAUUUGGUCGUCCAUUAGUUGAAAAGAAAUGUCCAUAA